CGCGUGAUAAGGAAUCUUUUCCAUAUAUGUCCAGAAAGUAUGUCUUAGGUGCUAAGGAUAUGGCAGAGGAGGACCUAUUGGUUGAGACAUCAAUCGGGGAUGAAAUAUUGAUGAAGGAAAAAAGUUUUGUGGAGUUAUGGAACGCAGUGUCCGAAUUCCACGCGGAUCUUAUCCCCCCCAUUUCACAGGUAGGCUGUGGAUCAGAACCUGACACUCACGAGGAUGAUGACCUUCCCCUCACGGAGGAGGAAAGGGCUUUUCACGCUAAGUUUGUAGCAGAGUCUAGUGCUCAGAUGACGAUUGGGUUAGCAAAAGAGAAAAUGAAGGAUGUUAACAAGUUCACUCGAAAUGCCUUUCUCCCAAUCGCCCCUCCUAGGUGGAUUGAAUCAAAGGUGAAGGAGAAGAAGGAUAAGAUUUGGGAGUUUGAGACAUUCAAUCAUUCGGUUCCCAUCGGGGUGAAUGCGUAUAAGCUAUUAGCAUCAUUGUCUGAGGAGGAGGUGAAUCUCUGUCAGGAACGUGCGCUCAAUGAAAACACUGAGAUAAUCAAGGGGCCUUACCCUUGGACUGCAGACGCCAUGAUGCUUCCGAAGGUCGGACAGUUUGAUCCUCUCAAGUGCAAUGCUUCAUCCACGACCCUAGCCGUAAGGGGUUUCUAUCCUCCCAAGGGGCAAACUGCGUUAGCAGAGCUCAAGAGGAUUUGGAACGCGGGAAGACCCUACUUGAAGUGUCGAUGUGUGGAGUUGGAAAAAGGUGACUGCAAAACUAACAUCACAUGGUUCGAUCAGGUACUGUGGUACCUGCUUGCUAAUCCGGAUCUGUUAUUUCCUGAAGCUCCAACGCUCCAUGCCAGGGUCAGGGCGAUGAAAAGCUUAUUGAGGAAGACUUGGCGAACACCUGUCUUGGCCAGCGUGGUUUUCUUUUUCAUGAGGGAAAUCAUGGUCAAAAUGGCGCAUGCAGUGGUGCACAACCCGACAGUGAGACAGGAGAAGAUUUUGGAUGAUGAAGUCCUCAUGUUGAGGAAAUUCCCUCGUAAGAUGGCUGCGUUAAUCUUACCUGACAAGUACCUCAACAACCUGUCAAAACGCAGGAGGCCAACGAUGCGUGAUGCGUGACCAGCAAAACGGCCAAAGAAUACAAUCCUCUCGUACUAUGUAAGGCCUCAACAUGGCCAGCCAGCCUCAAUUG